AUGAGGGCGGCGACCGGAACAAACGCCAACAAAGACCGGAAGGACAGAGAGAACCGCCGCCGCCGGCGCCGGAGGGCUGGAAGGCGACCGGAGGGCGGCGGGAAAGAAAAGACGACCGCCCGGCGCGAAAGGGGGGCAGGGAGAGCAAGGGAGGAGCCCCCGGGGACCUGCGGGGGAGAGAGAAGCGGCAAGGAGGGGAAACAAGCAACCGGACGAGAAAGGGCGGGGGGAGGAAGGCCGGCGGUGCGAGCACAAGCCCGUGGAGUAGGGGGGGGCUGGGAGCGCAGUCUGGAGCAGACGAGCAAGGCUGUGUCCUGGCAGUGUGGCACAGAAGGGGGACGUGGAGGCUUGGGCGAAGAAGAGAGAAAGGGCGGGGCGCGCGGGGGGAAACCAGAGAAGGCGGGCGGCAGCAAGCAGCAAACAAGGGGGAAGGCGGAGAGGGCGGGAAGAGAGAGGGACCCCAGCGGGAAGAAAAAGGAACGCAGGGAAGCGGGGGAGCACACACGGGGAGACAGGGACAGGGGCAGGCCGGACGCGGGAGAAAGGAGACAAGGGGGGAAAGAGGGAAGGCGGGGGACAACGGGAAACGGGAGGAAGGGACCGCCAAACCGCCCGACGAAAGAGAAAGAAGGGCGCAAGCAAGGGAACCGACGCCGGCCGGCCCGGCGGCGCGCCACAACACAAGCGGGGAGAGAACCGGGCGAGACGGAACGCGGGGAAGGCAGAGGAGGCAGGAAGAGAGGGGGGGAGGGGGAGGCCGCGCGGCACGAAAAAAAGGAGGGGCCGCGGAAACGCCGGGAGCGAGGCGCGGCAAAGCAAAGAAGGGGGGAGAGGCAAGCAACGCAGGAGGAAAGGGGGGGAGGAGGCGGAGGCGCGGACGGCGAGGAGAGCGGAGGGACAAAAAAGAAGCAGGCCGGCGGCGGGGGCCACGGAGGAGCAGGGGGCACAAGAGCGAGACGGGGCCAGGGCGGACAAGGGGAAAGCAGCAGGCGGGGCGGAAGGAGGGGGAGGAGGCCCGGACACCGACCGAACAGCCCGGAAGGAGGGAACAAGAGGAGGAAGAAGGCGGCGAAGGGAGGAAGGAAAAGCGGGGAAGAAAACAAGGAGAGCGCGGAAAGGGAGAAAGGGGAGACAAAGAAGGAGGAGAAACCAAGGAAGACGGAGAGGCGGAGGACGAACGCGCAACGGCGGCGGAGGAACAGAGAACAGAGAGCGGCGGCGGCGGGAGGAGGAAAG